GACAGAGCCAAGUAGACAGUGACAGCUCAGCUACAGAGAAAUUUAGCCUCUUUCCUUCCUUCCUGCGCUGCAUAUUCAUAGUGUGAUUUCCCAAUAUACGUGAUAAUAAUGCGCUAAGUCCCCGUCUCCGCCAGCGGCGCGUAUGUGUUCACCAACACGUACCAGGCUGGAACCAUUCUGACUGAUCAAAAAUUGCUGCUCGCAGGCCCCGCCCCUACGCUUGCAGGCGGUUCCGGGUAUAGGCGGCACAGUUGUGAGUGAUGGUGAGAGAGUGCUGCAGGUUAGACAUGAGCUCGUACGGCUCUGUGUUGUUCCUUUUCUCCCUGCUCGUAUGGGGAACCAACGCUCAGGAGGCACCGGCCUCUGCUGCUCAGAGAUGCUUCUGUCAGGUGACAGGCUACUUGGAUGACUGUACUUGUGAUGUAGAAACAAUUGACCGCUUCAAUAAUCAUGGGCUGUUUCCUAAAUUACAACAACUGGUGGCAAGCGACUACUUUCGUUACUAUAAGGUUAACUUAAAAAAAAGUUGCCCGUUUUGGGAGGAUAACUCUCACUGUGGUGUCAGAGAUUGUGCUGUGAAUCCAUGCUCAUCUGAUGAAGUUCCAGGAUUUAAACCUCCAGGAUUUAAGUACACAGAAGAAGCAAAUCAUGUGCAUGAAGAUGUAGAUGACUGUGAAAAGGAGAAAAGACUCAGUGCUGUUGAUGAAUCUCUAAGUGUGGAGACUCAGGAAGCCAUGUUAAAGUGGAAUCGCCAUGAUGACUCCUCAGAUAACUUCUGUGAAGUAGAUGAUGAAGAGUCUCCAGAUGCAGAAUAUGUAGAUUUGCUAAAAAACCCUGAACGCUUCACUGGUUACAAGGGAGCCGAUACAUGGAGGAUUUGGAAUAGCAUAUACGAGGAAAACUGUUUCAAACCAAAAGCUGUUCAGAGACCUUUAAACCCACUGACAUCAUCUCGAGGAGAAAAUGAAGGCAAUAUGUUUUACAACUGGCUGGAUGGUCUGUGUGUAGAGAAGAGAGCAUUUUACAGACUUAUUUCUGGAUUACAUGCCAGCAUCAAUAUUCAUCUGUGUGCAACAUACCUGCUGAAAGACACUUGGAUGGAUAAGAUUUGGGGUCACAAUGUCGCUGAAUUUCAGAAGAGGUUUGAUGCAACCCUCACCCAUGGUGAAGGCCCAAAGAGGCUGAGGAACUUGUAUUUCAUCUAUCUAAUAGAACUGCGAGCCAUAUCUAAGGUCCUUCCUUUCUUUGAACGUUCUAACUUUCUGCUGUACACUGGAAAUGAAACUAAAGACAAAGAAACCAAAAAGAUACUGUUGGAUGUCCUUCAGGAUGCCAGAGAUUUUCCUUUGCAUUUCGAUGAAAAUUCCCUUUUCUCUGGUGAUAAAAAAGAAGCAGCCAAGUUGAAGGAAGACUUCAGGCAACAUUUUAGAAACAUCUCCAAAAUAAUGGACUGUGUUGGCUGUUUUAAGUGUCGCUUAUGGGGCAAGCUGCAGACCCAGGGUCUGGGCACAGCUCUUAAAAUCCUGUUCUCUGAAAAACAAAUCGAGAAUCUGUCUGAGAGCAACCAACCUAGUGCAUUCCACCUGACAAGGCAAGAAAUAGUGGCACUGUUCAACGCAUUUGGAAGGAUUUCUACAAGUGUUAAAGAACUGGAGAAUUUUAGGAAGUUGUUAGAGAAAGUUUAAAGGCGUUUCAACCUCCCUGAAUUCAUUGGCAAACACCUGGGUUACCACAUUAUUGGCACUACUGAGAGACUAUGCAAUAAUGAAUAAAAAUAUCGGCCCUCGUGGGAAGGGGCAUUCUGGUUUCCAAUGUGCUGUAGAUACGGGUACUUUUUUAAUAAACCAAACCAACUAUGUAUAUAGGUAAAUAAGAUUCUGAAUAUUUUGAAUUUGUGGUUCUAUAGUACUGAAGAAAUCCUGUAAUUAUUUUGGAAGAGCAAUGUAAUGGCUAGAAAUGAUGUAUCUAAUACCAAAAACCCACCUCUUGGGGAGGAGGUUUUGCUUCUGGUAUCAGGUUCAAGUAUGCAGUAUCUUUAUUAGCCCUUACAGCAGCCUAAAACACAGAUACAAUGCAAUAAUGAAGGAAAUUGAUUAAUGAUAAAUAUACAGCACCUUGCAUAAGUAUUCACCCCCUCAUGAACUUCUUCUGCAAUUUGUUGUGCUACAGCCUGGAAUUACAUUGAUUUUGGAGUUUUACUGUUUCAUUUGUGUAACUUACUUUUGAGGUGCAAAAUGUAUUUUUAUUGUGACACCAAAUGAAUUCUACAAAAUAAAGCAGACAUUGGCUGGCUGAGUACUUUGUAGAUGCGUCUUUGGCUACUGUUACAGCUUGUCAGCCUUUUGGAGUAGGUUACAGCAUACAAACUAUGCUCACUCGUUGGGAGUGUCUACAUUUUGACAAAUUCUCAAUCGGAGCUUUGACUGGGCCAUUGCAAAUCUGCCACUGUCAAAAUAUGCCAUAAAAAGAGAAAAGAAGAAUGGGUGGUGGGAAAAGAGUUGUGGGAGAAAUUUUGAUCUUUCAACAGGGCCAAAUACAAGGCCAAAAAAAAAUAUAGUGGCUCAAGCACAAUGACCUAAUCAAAGCCAAGAUCUGUUUGUGUAGCUGGCGAAGUGGGUUUGUUCUAUGUAAUGUGUUCAUGAAGAUCUCACAUAGCUUCAUGGUCUCUUGCACCGAUGCUGUUCUGCUCUAAAUAUGUGGUGAGUAGACUCAAGACUAUCCUGGCCACCAAAGGGAGGUAGAUGGUGGUAUAAUGGUGCAGGCCUUGUUAACUGGACCUGUCCUGGUUUGCCUGAUAAAAUAAAGGGAAUUAGUGACGUAAUGGGCUUCAGUUUCCCAAGCAAGGGGGAUGCAGACUGAGUGGAAUCUUUCAUGUGAUCACAUAGGUUUUCAUUGAGUACAAGGACUGCUGUACCAAUAGUCUUCAUAUUACACUGGCAAUUGGACUGUGCUUGAUAAGUGUUAAUAAAAUCAUUUAAUAUUUAA